GUGUGUUUUCGGGCUCCUUCAUGAUUUUUGGAACUUCUUAUGGAUACCAGGAACCCGGGGAUUUCUAGAGAUGCUCUCAGACAGCGGGACCUUCAAAGCCAAUGCACUCACAUCUUGUUUUUCCCCCAAACCAGGAUUUCCCAUUCCCAAGUCUUAUCUAGAUGGAGGAAAAGGCCAUGAGGAAGAGGAAGAUGCCCUGGGACAGCCAGGCAGACAAGGCGCUGAGGGCAGAGACCAUGGAGGACAAAUCCCCGCAGCAGAACCUUGUGGAAGAGGCCGUUUGGAGCUGCUCCACAGUGCAGGAAUCCAACGGGGAGGAAAUGCCGCGGAGAUCCCACACAAGGAGGGGCUGCAAACACAGAUCAUGGGGAUCCAAGGGAGAAAGACCCAGUCUGGGCCAGCCAGGCGGCCAGAGAUCUGGCCACAGCUCUGAGCUGAGGGUCCAUGAGCAGCUUCAUGAUGGCAAGAAGCCCCUCCAGUGUUUGGAAUGUGGGAAAAGUUUCCAUAGGAGCUCCAGCCUGGUCCGGCACCAGAUGAUCCACACUGGUGAACAGCCCUACAAAUGUGGGGAAUGUGGGAAGGGCUUCAGAAACACCUCCGACCUGAUGCGGCACCAGACAGUGCACACUGGGGAACGGCCCUACGAGUGUGGGGAAUGUGGGAAGGGAUUCAGAUGGCGCUACAGCCUGAUCGUUCACCAGAGGACCCAUACAAUAUCGCGACCAUAUGAGUGUGGGGAAUGUGGGAAGAGCUUCAACCAGAGCUCCCACCUGAUCCGCCACCAGAGGAUCCACACUGGGGAGCAGCCCUAUGAAUGUGGGGAAUGUGGGAAGAGCUUCAACCAGAGCUCCCACCUCAUCCGCCACCAGAGGAUCCACACUGGGGAACGGCCCUAUGAGUGUGGGGAAUGUGGGAAGAGCUUCAGACUGAACUCCAGAUUGAUCUGCCACCAGAUGAUCCACACAGGUGAACGGCCCUACAAGUGUGGGGAAUGUGGGAUGGGCUUCAGGAAGAGCUCCAACCUCACCCGGCACCAGAUGAUCCACACUGGGGUACGACCCUAUAUGUGUGGGGAAUGUGGGAAGGGCUUCUGUGACAGCUCUCGCCUGAUCAUGCACCAGGCAAUGCACACUGGGGAAUGCCCCUACAAGUUCUCAGAAUGUGGGAAGAGCUUCAGCCAGAGCUCCAACCUGAUUGUCCACCAGAGGAUUCACACUGGGGAGAAGCUCUAUGAGUGUCCUGAGUGUGGGAAGAGGUUUCAGCAGAGAUCCCAUCUGCUCAGGCAUCAGCAGAUUCACACACAAGAGAGGCCCUUCCACUGCCCUGACUGUGGGAAGGGCUUUAAGAAAAACUCCACCCUCAUCACCCACCAGCGGAUCCACACCAGGGAGAGGCCCUAACAGUGUCC